AUGACAGACCGCGAGACCAUGCAGGAUAGCACAGACCACGAGACUCCGCAGGUAUUCGAGAAGAGCAAUCGUGCAAAUCACGAGCGUUACCAGUACCUCAAACGUUCGAUAGAGGGAUCCGAUCUACGAUGGCCUGCAACAAAUGCAGCGUACAACCUCCGCUACCGCCUCGACUACUACGGACUUCACCGGCUGGCCAGCAUGCACUACGCAGGUGAUGCGGCGACAGCCCUGGAACACCCCUCGCUCGACAAGCACGCCGCAGAAUUUUACCGAUUCGCCGUUCCCAAGAACACACUGAUGCGUCGUUGCAUCGACAUCGACGCCCACACUAGCGGCACCAGUCUCGACCUUCAGUUCCGGCUAUACCUCCAUGCCAUCAACCUGCCAUUCUGGCGACCAGGCGGAUACUAUCAAGACAACGUUGGUGUGCGUUGGACGCCGGACAUGAGCGACCUUGACUACCUCAAUCGUCGCCGCGAUGCUCAACGCCAGGCGGGCCAAGUUUUCCAAGUAGAGGUGAACCGUGGAGAUCAACCCGGCCCUGCGGAAGACCAGAUACUGCGAGAGCCAGAACAUCCAGUGGCACAGCAACACCGCCGCAAUACCGGCUGGUGGCGUAGGGUUCUACAUCCGAUCGUUUGGCUCCUAGGUCUCAAUAACUCGCUCCUGAUAUUCAGCCUGAAAUUGCUCGCGACUGUACUAGUACUAGUCUUCGGUCUCUCCGUCCGCAUCUUCGGCUUGCCCACCGUACUCUCGACUAUUCGCUACGCCGCCUUAGCUUGCGUCACGAUGGCCGCGGGAAUUGCAUGGUCAUACAUCCGACUAUGUUGCGAGUCCAUUGUUGGAUACUUCCGGUCUCCAGCUUGCCCAGCGAAGGCUUGUCUUCUCACUGACGCUCUCGUUGUCGGAUAG